AUGCCGCCGGCACUAGUUCAGCAGAUUCUUCAGAAAGCCGAAGAGGAGGAGCUCAAGGCGCAGCAACUUGUUGAAGUUGAGAAGCAGAUUGAUCUCACCUACGAUUUGAGACACCUGGCCGCCUUUGAUCAGAAUCCCAUCGAUGUUGAGGAGUUUCGGUCUAACAAGGAGGCGUACCUUAGUGAGCUUGCCCGCGACAACACCCAGCUUGUAGUCAACCAGAUAUGGAGCACUUUGGAGACAAAGCGAGUCGACAAUGUCGUCGUGGCGGUGCUUCCACGAACGGCCAACUAUCUGCUGCCACGAGCAAAGCCAAUUCCAAAGGAAAAGCCACCUACCAAGUGGGAGGCAUACGCCAAGGAGAAGGGCAUUCAGAAGAAGAAGAAGGAGAAACUUGUCUGGGACGAUGUUGCUCGAGACUGGAAGCCUCGUUACGGCUUCCAUGGCAUCAAUCAGAAGAAGGAGCAGUGGAUGAUUGAGGUGCCCGAUAACAAGGACCCAAACGUGGACUACUUUGAGAAGCAGGCGGAAGAGAAGAAGGAGCGCUCCGCUAAAAACGAAGUCCAGCGGCUGAGAAACAUUGCUCGAUCGUCAAAGAUGCGCUUGCCAGGCACCGCCGGCCUUGUUCCCAACGCCGAGGUGCCCAAAUCGGACAUUGACAAAGCGAAGCACAUCGCCAAGCAUGCCACCGCCUCGCUGGGCAAGUUCACCGAGCGCCUGCCCGACGAGACUGAGCCGAAGAACCUGGGAAAGAAGCGCAAGUUUGAGUCGAACACUGCUGCCGACAUGUCGGAGGAGCGUUCAAAGAACCUGAAGCUCAUCGAUCAGGUGCUGGCCAGUCAAAAGAAGCCCAUCGACGACUCGGCGGAGGAGAGCGCCCUGAGGAGUGCCAAGAAGAGGGUGAGGGCGGCGAAACGAGGCGGUGGUGAUGAGGCGGGCGAGGAGGACAUUGGCGAUCGAUUCGACAAGAAGAAUCGAGCUGGAGCAGGUGGUGGCAAGAAAAAGGGUGGCAAGCCAUCGAAGGGCGGCCCUAAGGGAGGCAAAAGUAGUCCAGCGGUGAAAAAGUCCUUCAAGAAGGGACCACAGAUAACACGUUUCGUAAAUAUGUUGUAA